GUCAGCAAGUUAACCACUUUUAAAUAUAUUCUUUUUGUGUCGGUGAUAUUAGCAAUUUGAAAUUUUGAAGUAUUAUAAUAUUUUAUUGUUUACAGUUUUUUACUUAUAAUCUCCUUAAUAUUUAUUGCAUUUCCAUAUAAAUGUCUUCUGCAACUUUUGGUCAAAAAAGUUUUCAGCCAACACCUCCUGAAAAGGGUAGUUUUCCAUUAGAUCACCAAGGCCAAUGUAAAAAAACUGCUUACAAGUAUAUGUUUUGUUUGAGUGUUAGCAACGGGGACAACUCACAGUGUCGUCAAGAGGCCAAAGACUAUUUGGAUUGCCGUAUGCAUAAUGAUUUGAUGGCAAAAGAAGAAUGGACUAAGCUUGGAUUAGCUGACGUUGAAAGUACCAAGAAUAAUAAUACAACUCAAUAA